AUGUCGUCGUCGCUGGGGAGCUUGAUUCCGCUCGGCCAGAAGGCAGACAAGUCGUCCAAGAAGGACGACUUAACCGGUGGUCUCAUCUCGAUCGGGACAAAGCCGACGUCGGGAGACGACAACAUGGACGACUUUGAUCUGGACGAUCUGCUCAGCGACACCCCCCGGCCGAAAUCCUCGCCAAAAAAGCCCAAAAAGGCCAAGGACAAGUCCAAGAAGAAAAAGAAGGACAAGGGAAACGACUUGGACGAGUCCACGUCGCCCGGCAAGCCUCCCAAGGCCACCUUCACCCACGACGACGACAUUCCACGUCCUCCCAAACCCAAAACGUCCAUGAAGAACCUUGACGACGAGUUCGCGAAAGCGUUGGGAUUCGAUGCGUCGGAGUUCCAGUCGUCCAAGAUGGAUUCCCCAGACAAACAACUCUACCAGGAGGAAAAGCCCCCGUCGCCCGCUCCGUCAUCCCCACCGACGGAAACGGGCGCCAUUGCAGCGUCCUUCUUCGACGAGCCGUCCGACAAAAACAAGGACGCCGGAGGGGGCAGUUGGCGCGGGGACCGCCCAAAAGGUCGGGGGCGGCGCACCUCAAACGAUGACGAUGUGGAUCCGUUCGCAGCAAAAGAUGUCAAGUCGACCAGCAGUGAUCCAUUCAGUAACCCGUUGGGAAGACAUCGCGAUGAGACCGCCGCAACACACCGCGGCGGCAGAGCCAACGCAGACGACAGCAAGCAACCGGCAAUGGCCAGUCCCUUUGCCAGAGGAGCGGCGGAUCGCGUGGACGAUGACUUGUUCAACGAACCGCCUAGCCAAACACAACUCGACAAGCCUGCCACAAAUAGUCCGUCUGUAGACGAUCCGUUUGCAACGACUACGGGAGGGGGCACUGGACGGAGCGGCAGAGGGCGACGUGGGGGCGCCGAUGCAGCGCAACCCUCUGCCGCCACCGCAGGCGACGACACCCCGACCUUUCCAUGGAUGAAAGCCAAAUCGACUCUCCCGACGGAAGUCCUAGACGAAACCCCGCCACAGUUUCCAUGGAUGAAGAAGAAGGUCAUAGAAGAGCGUGACCAAGUCAAGCCAGAAAAGCCACCCAAACCAGACCCAAAAGUCGAGUCGGAUUUACCAGAGUUCCCUUGGGUGAAGAAGGAUCGAAACUCAACGACUGCAGAUACGAAAUCCUCCGAGAAGAAGGAAGGGUCGAAGCCUGCCGAUGACGACGACUUGCCUGCUUUUCCAUGGGUGAAAAAGACGCAAGCACUGGCGAACCUGCCACCUCGAGUCGUGGAGCCACCACCACCUGAACCAGUUGCGGCACCGCCGCCGCUUUCGCCACCCAAGUCCUCCAUCGAGCCACCCGUUGCUCCACCAAUUCCAGUUGAGCCGAUUCUUGUUGCAGAGCAACUCGCAUCUCCAGCUCUGAGCGUUGCAAAACCAGACAGUCCUGUGCGAGCAACGCUUCAAGUGGAAAUUCAAGACCGCAGCAACUCUCCUCUUCGGCAACCUUCUCCAGUCAAAGAGCCCAGUCCACAGCGACCGAGCACACCAACCUCCAAGCCAGCAGCAACGCAGGCUGCGGACAGCGAUCAGCCGUCGGUCGACGCCACGUCGAGUCGAAACUCCCCGGACAAGAAACCAGCGUCACCUCCUCGUCCGUCCAUUCUGGUUCCGUCGGCUGUGGACGAAAAAGCUAAACCGAGCAACUCGUCUCCGAAACGGACCAGUCCAUCCUCCCGCGCAUCCUUCUUGAACGACGAUGCGUCCAUCGUGCCUGCGUUUAUGACCAACCAGUUGGCCCAAAGCCAAGACAUGGUGGCAUCACUGACGACCCAGUUAACUGCUGCCAACGUUGCUCUCGCCAUGCUGCAAUCGGACCACGCCACGGUGACUGCAAACCUCAGCGCGGAAUCCGAGCUCGCCAAGACACUCACGAACGACGUGGCAGUGCUGCGGCAAACGGAAGCGACGCUGCGCGACGAUUUAGCGCGGGUUGGAGCAGAGUCUGCCAGGAGGCUGGAGCAAUUGAAUGCAAGUAUAGCCGACAAACAGGCGCUGUCGCAAGAACUGGCGACUCUGCGAGUUCAAGCCAUCGAAGUAGGACCCCUUCAAGCCCUGGUAAAGGAGCUCCAGAUUGAGAAUAGCUCCUUUCGCGGGACGCUCUCGACGACCCAAGCGAGUCUGGCAGCGUGUCAGCGGGACUUGGUCAAAGAGCAGUCACUGCAUUCGCAAAGUGUCGAGAGAUUUCAGCGCAUGCAGCAUGAACGAGAGCAAGAGGCGUUGCACCAGCAACGAUGGCUGGUCGAAGAGCAACGACAUGCCGAGAAGGAUGCUCUCGAACGGUUGUUGACGCAAGUCCGCGCUGCUGUGAGUGGACUCAAGGUGUUGCAAGAAAACGUCGUAGGGGGAAAAAGCGAGCUGGAAAUGCGGGCGAUGGGGGAAACUGAAACCCGCGCGAGGGUGUUACUUGACAUGGAAGGGAGCUGCAAAGCGUUCAUGCAUCGCUCGCAGGAAGAAUGCCAUCGUCUCCAGGCGCUCCUGAGUGCCAUGGAAGGGACGAUGCGCACACUUCGCGGCGAGCACCUUGAAGAGAAAGAGCGCCUGCGGGCCGAACAAUCGCGGCUGGAUGAACUCGCGCUACAUUUUCAGUCGCAGACGACACUGCUCCAAGAACGCACGGACUCGAACACGCGCGUCGUGACGCAAACCCUGAGCGCCUAUAUUCAAGAUAUUCGGGUGGCCGAGGCGAGGCUGCACACGCGGCGGGAGCAACUCGUGGAAGAAGAGCGGCAACUCCACUUUGCUCGGGCGGCAUUUGCUGCGCAGCAGGAAGAAGCGCUGCGAGACCAGCGACUUACCCAGGAGAAGCUCCACAUGGAGAAGCAGCGCAUCGACGAAAAACUCCAUCGCGUGCGGCAAGAGACGGCGGCGUUUGAAACCUUGGUGCGGAAUCAUUCAGACGAAAUGGAGGCUCUGGCGGCGUACCAGCUCCAGCUCGAGGGCGAGAAGGAACGCCUGCAGGCCGCGGCGAGCCGGAUCGAGGAGAUGGCGCAAAAGGUGAGGGCUGCGUCCGAGCAGAGCGCGGCGAUGGAGGCGCAGGCCAAGGACGCCAUGCGAGAUGCUGCAACGCUGGUGAGUCAAGUCCAAGACGAGAGGCAUCGCGUACAAAAGCAAGCGGCGCAACUGGACGAGCGAGAAAGACGCCUCCACGAAGAAAUGCGAUGCUUUAUGGAGACGAACCGACGUAAGCAGCGCGCGCCAGCCGUCGUCCGACCAAUGCCACGCCUGCCAAGACACCAUGUCGACACCCCACUCGUGCAACCACCACCUCCCGUCGCGAUGUCCGCGUUGGCCAAGCCUUUUCCAUCGCCCCACUCGACAGAGACGCCAUCAUGGCGUGCCGAUCCAACUGGAUUGAGUCCGUCCUUUCGACAAGAAAUGGAGACGUUCUGGAGCCGCGGCAACCAAGUCGAAGUGGACGAUGUGCGGAAUCGCAUGCUACUAUCGUGCAGGUCAGCUGGUGCGCUGCCGUCCAAACAGCAGCAGUUCACGCGAUCCACUCCUGUCUCUGCGCCUCGAACUGGGCUAACAAGCGCGUUUGUGCUGUGA